GGUCACGUGAGGCGGAGGGCUGCAUGGUCCUUGCGGAGCAGCACGACGGCGGGAGAGUGUCUGAGGUUUUCAGCCUGAACAGAGUGAGUCCCGAGCAGCAGUCAGACGCAACGACGAUGGAGGCGGACGCCACCGAGCAGCUGAAAGUGCGCCGAGCCGAUGACAAAGGUAGAAGGGAACAACCCAGUAAUAGCCUUGGAUGUUGUGGAUGGAUCUUGGUUAUAAUUUCUUACUUCUUCAUGAUCAUCACUUUCCCCUUUUCCAUCUGGUUAUGCAUUAAGAUUGUCAAGGAGUAUGAACGAGCUAUAAUAUUCAGGCUUGGUCGAAUUCUAGCAGGAGGAGCCAAAGGGCCAGGGUUGUUCUUUGUCCUGCCAUGUACUGACUCCUUUGUUAAGGUGGAUAUGAGAACCAUUUCAUUUGACAUUCCACCUCAGGAGAUUCUCACCAAGGACUCUGUGACAGUCAGUGUUGAUGGAGUUGUGUAUUACCGUGUCCAGAAUGCAAUACUUGCAGUUGCGAAUAUCACCAAUGCAGAUUCUGCAACCCGCCUCUUGGCUCAGACCACUUUGAGAAAUGUACUUGGAACAAAGAACCUGUCUCAGAUUCUCUCAGACCGGGAGGAGAUUGCCCAUAAUAUGCAGACUACCCUCGACGUUGCCACAGAUGAAUGGGGAAUUAAGGUUGAGCGUGUGGAGAUCAAAGAUGUGAAGCUGCCCGUCCAACUGCAGAGAGCGAUGGCAGCAGAGGCUGAGGCAUCAAGGGAGGCCAGAGCCAAGGUUAUUGCAGCUGAAGGGGAAAUGAAUGCUUCCAGGGCCCUGAAGGAAGCUUCUAUUGUGAUCUCUGAGUCUCCAGCAGCACUGCAGCUUCGUUACCUGCAGACCCUCACCACCAUCGCAGCUGAGAAGAACUCCACCAUUGUAUUCCCUCUACCAAUGGACCUGGUGCAAAAUAUUAUGGGGGCAAAAAAGUGACAUAACUAAACUCAAAAUUUGACCACAGUUUGUAUGUAUGUUUUUCCAAUGACACAUUUUGGUUAGAAUAACUUUUAAUUUUUUUCCAUGCAAGGGUACUGGUUUACAUUAGUGAUGGAUUGAUAGUCACACCUUAAUGGACUAUCUUGUCUGACACAUUAUGUGAAUGCUUCCGCUUUGAUCAUUUGUUAAAGCAAAGAUUAAGAAUGUAAUAUAUACAAAGGUGGGCAAAUUCACAGCACACAGUUGUUUUCUAAGACCCGAGCGGACUGUUAAUUUAGCCAUUGCAGUUUUCACAUUUCUGUUGUUCUAGCAUUAACCUAAAUAUUUGAACGUCAAAACUGAGCAGCUUGUUAGCCAUUCAUUCAUAAAGCCAAUACUAUUUGCCACACAUUUAAAAAUUUAACACAGUUGAUUCUUCAUAGUUUGCUGCAGUCGCAAUCCUAAAACCUGUCCAGUCUAAAUGAACCCAUUGUCAUUUAACCCUACACUUAAGAACUCAUGAGGAGAACAUUGGCAUAAGGUAUUUGCUUCCUUUGUGAUGCUGUUGAAUUUUUCGAAAUCUAUAUUGAAACAUUGCCCUCCUACCUGUUUUCUUGGCCAAUUAUACAGCAUAUCUUUAUCUGUGUGUGAAGUAUUCAAAAGAGGACUUCUAUCAAAGCAUGUGGUUUAUUUCCAAAAGCAUUUGAGUUUCUGUUUGUUCUAUCAAACCUACAAAUUUGAUAAAAUCUUGUGCCUGCUGUUUUGCCUGUAACAACAUAUCAGAUGUGUGGAAAGGAGCUAACUUGACUUAAACCAUCCUAAGCAUCAAGAUUUCCUCAAAUAAUCCUCCAUGCAGAAAUUUACAACCUUGUAACAAUCUGCAGAGCAUGCCUGGUUUGUGGUUUUAAUGUGCAGUACAUGUUACUAUUUUCUGUACAGUAGAUUUGAGACAAUGGUUUAGUCUACUUAUUGAGGUCCGCCCACCAAUCUGUGAGAGAGAGGUUUGCUCAUUAAAACUGGCUGAAAAAUCUCUGUACUGGCAGUUCACUUGGCUACUGUAGGGUUUGGCUGUAUGUCACUUGAUUAGCACUUCACACUGACCAAUCAGUACAGCAGCUUGAUGAUGUGUGACAAAAGCAGCUCGUAUGUGUGAACAUUUUAAGCUAUGUCAAGAAGUUGGGGGGGGGGUGUUAAAUCUCAGUUUCUUUCCAAAUGAUUUUUAGUUCCUCUUCAAACAAGUUUAUGUGAUUGGGGAACUACUCUGUGAGCAACUUUGCCAGAAUGAUUUCCUUCUAAACUGUCCAGCAAAUGUUUUGUUUGAGUUGUCAUAUUCCAGCCAUCUGCAUCAGGUUAAGUUGAAUGUGACCAUGUAUCUGCAUGUAUAUGUUUGGGCCAUUGCCCAUUAAACUCGUGUCUGGGAUGAGUGGCACAUACAUGAACAACACAAGAGACAUUUAAAGAUCCCUGUCUCUCUUACUGAAGUCUAAUUGUUGCAAAUUUGUUGCAUUAAGUAUCUUUUCUAGGGUUAGUCUCCAUUGCAAGUUGACAUGGAAAUUGAAACUGAGUAAUGCAUUAUCUCACCAUUGCCCAUGAGUUUCAAUAAGGAAGACCUACAGUGCAGAUAAACACCAAGUCUAACACUGGAAUCCACCUAUGGGGGCAGAUGGUUGGGUAAUGGGAAACUGUAAUAAUGUAAACACUGCACUGGUCAAACCUGACCCCAUGAUUACGAAUGUAAACGCUGGUAGGGUUGCCUGGGUAAAUACGUUCAAAUUGUGGUCAGGGCUUUAAUAAUCCUGAAGAGUGUGACCAAAUGCAUGAACCCAAGUUUAAGUGGUGGCUCGAAGGUCAGUAUAGUCAUGUUGACCUCGUGUUCAGAGAGGGAAUUUUAGACGGGCCUCAUUGCAAAAGGAAAAACUUAUUUAAGAAAGGGUUUCAUUUAAAAAGUAAAGUCUGCUUUGAUUACUUCAUAAUAAGUGAUGUUGCUGUAGGAGCUUUGUGGUUAUUUUAGUAUCAAUAGUAAACUGAGUUUUACUGUGAAAGCCUGAUACCAUAGCAGUUUUAGUCUCUAUAAAAUGAGCACUGAUUAAAUACUCAAAGCAAAACAGAAAACACAUGCUAGAAAUCUGAAAUAAAAGCAGAAAAUGCUGGGAAUACUCAGCAAGUCAGGCAGCAUCUGUGGAGAGAGAAACAGUUAACCCUUUCAGAUGGAUGGCAUUUCAUCAGAACCAAAUUAAAUACCUGCAGUCAAAAGAAUGUACCUGUACAGAAUGGCUGCUUUUGAGAACAUAUCAUUCCCAUCUUAAACUAUAGCAAUGGUAAGGAAUUUCCCUUCUUCAUACUUGGAUAUCAGUGCUAAUGGUAGGAGUGUGAGUUAAUCAGGUGGUGUGAAAUAGCUUUGUUCAUUUCUGCUUGAUCUAAAUCACUGUGUUCCAUGUCUGUUUCUCAACCAUGGAAUACAUUGGAUCUUCGUAUUUAAAUAUUUUUGGAAUAAAUUUGUUCAAUGGUGGCGUGAUCAAGGAUUUGUCCAUGCACAAAUAAGCUUUUUAAGAAUGGAUAAAUAUUGGCAUUGGGCCGGAUGUUUUUAAUACCUUGUCCCAUUUUAACUCAAGAUCUUGAGUCCAGCCCUGGUCAAGUCUACACUGUGGUUGCAAUGCAAAAUGAGUUUAGACUGUUCAGCAGCCAAGGUGGCAAACUAGCUCAGUCCAUAAGUGGAAAAUGGAAUGAGGUCAGCCUGUAGAGUGUGUCUACUGCUGUAAAGUAGGAGUUUAAGAUGCAUUGUUGGAGCAGGGGACAUUUGCUCUCUAUCUAGCCGAGAGAUAUUUCUCUGAAAGCACUUGGUGCUAAUAUUCACCACAAUUUUUAAAAAAAGACAUAUCUGCAGAUCUUUUUCAUGAACUUGCCUUGUCAAUAUUUUGAAUCCCUCAAUUAGAGUUAAUCCAACCUGCACUAGACUGGUGUCUUUUCACAUUGAUUUACAGGUGACCAUUCUCACACCUUUUUUUGUCUGUUUUUAAAUCCAAUUUGGACUGAAAUUAGCCCAGCCCGAGAGUGAGUGGGUCCCAAGUACAAGGUAAAACCUGCUAUUCAAGAAAGCUGAGGCUACUUGUAUUUACCUUGAGUUACCAUAUAUUGAUCAAGGCAGGGUUUUAGAGGCCUUACAACACAAUGCUAUACGCUGUAUAAUUUUACCACUCUUGAAGUUUAUGAAUGUAAAUUCAAUAAUAUUUUAGAAUGUAAUCAAUAUGUAAUAACAAGGCUUUUCUUCCAGAAAUUCUUUUCUUUUUCACAUUAAUGUGUAAAAGCAUGUUCAAUAUGGUAGUAGUAUACUUUUAUAAUUAAGCUUGCAAUGCACUUAAUAAAUGUUAUCAAUCAAAGUCUCCAUUA